UGCAGCCCAAGCCCCACACUUUGGAAGCAUGUCCAUCCAAGAGAACUUUCUACCCCAGCAGCUCUGGCCGUGGAUCUCUAGGUCCCAAAAAGACUUAGCAAAGUCUGUCCUAAGUGGGGCUCCAGGAGGGCCAGCAGGAUACCUUCGACGUGCUAGUGCGGCCCAACUGGCCCAGGAGCUGGGCAUUGCCUUCUUCCAGCAGCAGCAACUGCCCGCAGCUAUGGCAGACACCUUCCUGGAGCACCUCUGCCUCCUGGACAUCGACUCAGAACCUGUGGCUGCUCGUAGUACCAGCAUCAUUGCCACCAUUGGGCCAGCAUCACGCUCUGUGGAACGCCUCAAGGAGAUGAUCAAGGCAGGCAUGAACAUUGCACGACUCAACUUCUCCCAUGGUUCCCACAAGUACCACGCAGAGUCCAUCGCCAACAUCCGGGAGGCAACUGAGAGCUUUGCAAGCUCCCCACUCAGCUACAGGCCUGUGGCCAUCGCCCUGGACACCAAGGGACCUGAGAUACGCACCGGGGUCCUGCAGGGGGGCCCAGAGUUAGAGGUGGAGAUUGUGAAGGGCUCACAGGUGCUGGUGACCGUAGACCCGGAGUUCCAAACACGGUGCAACGCGAACACGGUGUGGGUGGACUACCCCAAUAUCAUCCGGGUCGUUGCAGUGGGAGGCCGUAUCUACAUUGACGACGGGCUCAUCUCCUUAGUGGUGCGGAAAAUCGGCCCAGAAGGGCUGGUGACGGAAGUGGAGCAUGGAGGUAUCCUGGGCAGCAGAAAGGGUGUGAACUUGCCAAACGCCGAGGUGGACCUGCCUGGGCUGUCUGAGCAAGACCUCUUGGAUCUGCGCUUCGGGGUGGAGCAUAAUGUGGACAUCAUCUUUGCCUCCUUUGUACGAAAAGCCAGCGACGUGGCUGCAGUCCGGGCUGCGCUGGGGCCAGAAGGACAGGGCAUCAAAAUUAUCAGCAAAAUUGAGAACCAUGAAGGAGUGAAGAAGUUUGACGAAAUUCUUGAGGUGAGUGACGGCAUCAUGGUGGCACGGGGUGACCUGGGCAUUGAGAUCCCAGCUGAGAAGGUUUUCUUGGCUCAGAAGAUGAUGAUUGGACGCUGCAACUUGGCCGGCAAGCCUGUCGUUUGCGCCACGCAGAUGCUGGAGAGCAUGAUCACUAAGGCUAGACCAACUCGGGCGGAGACAAGCGAUGUGGCCAAUGCUGUGCUGGACGGGGCCGACUGCAUCAUGCUGUCUGGGGAGACCGCCAAGGGCAGCUUCCCCGUUGAGGCCGUAAGGAUGCAACACGCGAUUGCCCGAGAGGCAGAGGCCGCUGUAUACCACCGCCAGUUGUUCGAAGAGCUACGCCGGGCAGCACCACUGAGCCGCGACCCCACUGAGGUCACCGCUAUCGGAGCUGUGGAGGCUUCCUUCAAGUGUUGUGCCGCAGCCAUUAUUGUGCUCACCAAGACUGGACGCUCGGCUCAGCUGCUAGCUCGGUACCGACCUCGGGCAGCUGUCAUUGCUGUGACUCGUUCUGCCCAGGCUGCCCGACAGGUCCACCUGUGCCGAGGAGUCUUCCCCUUGCUCUACUGUGAGCCUCCAGAGGCCAUCUGGGCAGAUGAUGUGGAUCGAAGGGUCCAAUUUGGCAUCGAAAGUGGAAAGCUCCAUGGCUUCCUCCAUGUUGGUGAUUUGGUGAUUGUGGUGACUGGCUGGCGACCUGGCUCUGGCUAUACCAACAUUAUGCGGGUUCUGAGCAUAUCCUGAAAGGCCUCUCCCCCUUCUGACCUAGAUGUACCCAUUUCUUUCAACCAACACCCUCCCACAGUUGUACAUCUGCCAUCACCCCAUCCCUAUGCUUCUCAUGGGCCCUGAAUGUCUGGGUCCACUUAUGCACUGGCCAUCCAGCAGCAGCAAUUGUAUAUCCCUGUCUCAAUCCGCUCAGCUGGAUUCUAAGAUGCCCUGAGCCUUUAAUCCCAGCCCAGCUGGUUAAUUCUAUUCCUCUGGGCUUCCUAACGUUAGAACGGGGGAGUGGAAACAGGGUGAUCUCAGCCAAUCUCCAUAGAACCAUUAUUUUUAAAAUACUUCUGUCCUCUGAUGUAACCCACAUGACCAUUUCUGGAGCAAAGUGUCAUCUUCUGAUGGCCUCAAGUCAGAGCCAAACACUCCUUCAGGGAGCACAAUGCCACACUUUUAGGGGAGGCUGAGGUGGAUGGGUAUUGGGGAGAACUGAGACAGACUGGCUUUUUUUUUUUUUUUUUUUUUUUUUUUUUUUUGAGACAAGGUCUCACUGUAUAGCUUAGGCUGACCUCUUACUUGUGGAAAUCCUCUUGCCUGGCCCUCUCAAGGGUAGGGAUUACAGGCAUGAACCACCAGCUGGACUUUGGGCAGCCUUAUUUUCUUACUGACUCUACAACCAUGGAGCUGAGCUCACAAUCCACUAAUCUGGCUGUUCUCAUGCCCACUGCUCUGCUGGGUCAGAUGAUUCAGAAACUCUUCCACAACCACUUUGUUUCCAUAUACAGGUCAGAAGCAAAAAUUAAUAUUUUCUUUUUAAACCCAAUUAUUUAGGUGCAAAUAAAACAACUCCCACAGGUAAAGAAUCCCAGAAUACCUCACCAAAGGACGUUGGUCCUGCCCCCCCCCACUUCAAUGCUACAGUGUACGAAAGGGGGAAGAGCGAGUGAGCAGUGCAUUACUCUUGUCCCUGAGAAAGCAAAGGGGUUGCUGGCCUGCCCAUCCUAGGUUCGGGUACUCCAGGGCUCCCUCUUCUCCUGCAGCAACAGCAAACCCAGAUAAGGGGGAAAAUGUGUUCAGUCCUCCUGUCGUUCCCUCUUUCCACUACCUCAAUACAGAGUUUGAGUGUUGCUGCUGAUGGCAUUGUACAAGGACCACAAAGAUGUCUCCCUAACCCCCUAGCCUCCCUGCCAGGAGGUGAGGAGGAAAGAUAAAUGAGUAACAAAACGAAUAAGUCAAAUUAGCAAAUGAAUAAAUAAAAUUAAUAAA